AUGCAGCAUCGCCAAGCAUCACCAAUCAACCAAUCAAAGCAGAAAGCCCUGCCGCACUUAUCCAAUCUUGAAUUGGAAGAGCUACAAUUGCCAGUCGAAGCGUUUGUUGAUUCGGAUGGUUUUGGAUUAGAACGGUCGCUUGGGAAUCUAAUAAGCUUUAUAAACUUUGUUGAUCCCGAGUUGAAACUAAAAGAGCGACCAAGCCAAGCAGGGAAUGGUUCCCCGUUGAUGAUAAUGAUUGCAAUUUCAGCUGCGAGAUCUGUCAAGUUGAGAAGAGCAAUGAUAGAGUACAAGUCGCCAACCAUAAAAAUAGCAAAACUAUUCGGGAAACACUUUAAAUUCAAGGAUCAGGAGAAGUUCUUGGAACUGAACUUUAUCAAUAUCGCAGUUACAACGCCAGAACGCAUCUUGAGAAUGGUAAACGAUUCAGAAUCUCUCAAUCUAUCGAGGCUAAAGUACAUCGUAAUAGACGCUACAUGGAAGGACGUGAAGGAAAGAAGCGUAUUCGACGAUGGGUGUAAAGAAUUGAUGCUCCUGUUUGCGAACAGUUUAUUACUCGAAAAGAUAAGAGUGAAGAAAGAGACCAAGAUAGUGUUUUAUUAG